CGUUUCUAAAAAUAAAAAUCUUCUACAAAGAAAAUAGAAAUUCUAUCGCUUGAUGCAUAAAUUUUUAUACAAUUCUCGAAGAAAUCGAGGCCGAGUGAGGGAGCGUUAAUUUUAACAAUUAUCUACUAGGUAGAUGUAUGUACUAAGUUUCAGGAAUGUUGAAUGAGAGUAAAUGAAGUUACCUAGGAAGAUCGGCGAGAGGGAGGAAACGGCUAAUAUAGAUGGAAGUAUACUAUACGCUAUCUCCUGUAAAGGAGCGCGACUACGAUGACGAGAGGUAUUUUUUAAUGCGGUCUCUUUCGAAAAAGUACAAGUUCAAGAUCCACGAAUUAUUGCAACUGAAAUAAUGAGAUUACGGACAAUUAAGGUGCAACUUCGAUAUUUUUUUUUGCAUUUUUAUGACAAAUUGGAAGGCUUUUAGGAUCUUAUUUUGACAAUCAUUUUGUUGAGAAGAAAGUAGAAAAGAGUUUAAUUUUUUUCCUUUAUUACGAAUACGUAGUACAGCUAUCACCUUGAAGGUUAAGUUUUGAGGUUUUCACAUUUUAAUUUUUGAUUUGGAAUCUUCUAUUUUUAUACUUAUUCGAAGGCCUGUUAACAGGCAGUGGGUAUUGAGAUAGAGUAGGAGUCUUCAUAUUUUGAUGAUUCGAACGGAACUCGUGAAAAAACAUGGAUAGAAACCGGAGGACGUGUUUCCUGAUUGAUGGGUCAAUUCAAUUUUAAUUUUUUUGAUUUUUUUGCCCUGUCAAAUACCUAUUGUGGCAUCUGAGAUCGAUUGAAAGUGAUUCACGCCACGAAGUCGCUUUUCGUGCAAUUACGAAAAAUACACUUCAUUAUUAGAUACGAACUAAAGGAUCACAUUAAAAAAUUUAUCGGAGUUUUCCAAAACAGUUGAAUACUUACCUAUGUAAAAAAUAUGUGCAUAUUAUGUACCUUGAAUUUGAAUGAUUCUCGAGCACCUAAAGAUCACUUUUAAUAUUCACGUACCUAUAGGUACCAUUUGAUAUCUUUUAUACAGGGUGCCCAGAAAUAUCGAGUACCCCUAAGAAAGUUUUUCAUUAAAAAUAUUAUAGGUUGGCAACGUGAAGUAUGAUGCAUAUGAUUGGUGGAAUGUUAUCUCUCCAGCCCAACAACCAAUCAUGUGCUAUCAUUAUCAUCAUUCACUGUAGAAAACUUUUUUGGGGGUACUCGAUAUUUCUGGGCACCCUGUACUUGUACCUACGUAAGGUACCUAUUCCUUAACAAGUGGCGUUUUUAUCGAUUUUAAUCGAGUUUUAAGAGGUAGGUAGAAAAUUUAAAACCAUUCUACAAAGGUAAAAGAAAUUAUUGUGGGAUAAAUCAAAGCCGUGGAGUUCAAAUUUACAAUUUACUUUAUUCAGGGAUGCCAACUUACCGGAUUAAAAACCGUUACGUAUUAUUUCAUUAAUUGAUGAUCUUCACAUUUGUGGGAAAACGCCACGUUUCGAGUAAUUUUUAUGCCUUGAAAGUAGGCAAUUUCUUCGACACAAUUUUAAAAAAUCACAUUUUUCCGCAUUUAAAACCCUUCUACAAACGUGAAAAAUUACCUUAGGGUAAAUCGAGGCCCCGGAGUUCAAAUUUACAUUUAGUGGUGUCAAAAAACAUCGAUAAUGGUGAAAAACAUCGUUUAAACCUCUAAAUGCGAGUGAAAUGCAUAAAAAAAAACUAUAAUUACCUACUAAAAACUGUUCAAAUUUUUGUAAAAUUCAAGCUGUUGUCAAUUUGUCACUGUAUUUUUCAAUUUUUCCUCUGGGCCAUGGCCCAAGGUAAAAAAAAAAACACCGGUAAAACUGUGAAUAAUUAGAGUAUCGAUACUUUUGGAGAAUCAUUCGAUACUAAUCGAUACUUUUUUUCGACGAUACUUGACACCACUACUAUAAUUUUUUCCAUUCAGGGAUACCGACUUACCGGAUUAAAAUCCAUUUGAAUUCUUUAUUAUUAUUAUUAUUGAUGAUCACAUUUGCUAAAAAAAAACGCCACGUUUCGAGUAAUUUUUCUGCCUUGAGAGUAGGCAACUUCUUCGACGCCAUCGAAUAAAAUCACGUUUUUCUCCAUUUAAAACCCGUUUACAAACGUGAAAGAAAUUAUUUUAGGGUAAAUCGAGGCCCGUGAGUUCCAAUUUACAAUUUAAUUCAUUCAGGAAUACCAACUUACCCGAUUAAAAACAGUUUUAUAUCGAUAUUUUAGUAUCUACUAAAAAUUGAAUUUCCUGAAAAACUCCACGUUUUGAAUUAUUUUUGCGCCUCGAGGCAAUUUAUUUGGUGUUUGUUUUCACGUCUUUUUCAAUUUUAAGACCUUUUUUUAGCGUAAAAAAGCAAUUUCAAAGUAAAUCAGGGGCCCCGACUCCGAGUUCAAAUUUACAGUUUCUUUCAGUCAAGGAUGCCAACUUACCGGUUCAAAGACCAUCCUGAACCAAACUAGAAGUAAUUUUUCUUGAAAUCGCUCGGGCACGAAUGGGGCUUGAUUCUACAUAUCUAAGUACAUCGUACAUCACUUAAACUACUAUCUCGUUUAAAUUGACCAAAAACCCCUCCAGGUGUAAAACUUUUUGCCCAAGUUGUUAAUUUUUUCGUCUUUCUUCAGUAAAGAGAUGAACUUGAAUUUCAAAAAGUGGCCUUCUCAAAAAAGUUUGUUAUUUUCCAAGGAAUUCAAAAAAUUUAACAAAAAAGUCAUCAAUGCGGAUUGCGGACCCGGCCCUUUUCUGCACUCAAUUACCACUUUCCCGGUAGUUUUGCGGAAAUCUGGCAUCGCCAGUCGAUCCGUCGUAUUUCAAAACCCACAUAUCCGCGAAAAGAAAAUUUCCGACAUUGUGACUUGGUCCCUUUCUGUUCUCACCGAUUCAAUUGUCCUAUACUCGUACGCCUGAAAAUUGAAUUUGACUGCUCAUAUCUAUGCUCUUCGUGAGAAGCGAUUUGUAUAAACAAAUGUAAAAAACAAUUAUUUUACUGUAGGAAAACGCUUUGUCGUUAUUUCACUUUGAAUUUUUACAUUUAAUUUCUCAUCUGCAAUACUACUUCUCAACUUGUAGCUAUCAACCUGCAACUUUUCAAUUUCCGUUAUAUUAUAUUUAGUUUGAUCAUCACUUAAAAGGUAGAUCUGCUUAACGAACCAUCAUCAUCAAGCAGUUAAAGCACAUAGUGAAACGGUUAGCAAAUGAGAAUGCUUAACCAACAACAAAUAUGUACAACUAUACAGUAGAUUAGACGCGAAACAACUUGGAAGUCAUUUCAUCACUUGAACUAUGUACACGUACUUUUAGUUUAUGGUGCCUACUUGUACAACAGGGUGGACGAAUCGUGGAUUAUACAUAGAUACAUAUACGUAGAUAGAAUAGGUAGGUAAUUAGGUAUACAUAGUUUGCUGUUUCGUUAAAAUGAUUAGAAUAAUGAUGAUUACCGUCAUAGUUGACGGAUGCAAAAUGUGUCCUGAACUUUUCUAUCUACGAGCAAAAAUAUUCGUAUCUAGCCUUUAGCGGCGUUACUUUUUUUUUUAAUUUAUACGCGGUACGGUACGGUCGUCGAUCAUCGUAAAGUUUCUCGCGGGCUUAUUCAUUUUUUAAUUCAUCCCCAUUUCACGGUACAUAAUUAAGUAUACCGUUUAUUACAGAUAGGUACUCGUAUUUUGGUAUCUAUCGGAUAGGUACUUGACACUCGAGAGUCUCCUAAUCGUCAGUUCAGUUGUGUCACUUGGGUACACGUCUGCCAAGUGCAAUCUGCGAAAUACAUAGUAGGUAGGUAGUACGUAGAAACGUUAUCACAUGGUGGUAUCCAUGAAUAGCCCACCAAGAUCUAUAUAGGUACCUACCUAACCUGCCUGUCUGUCUUCAAAACAACGGUUACCUAAGUGUACUUAUACCUAUAAAUAAAUACGCAGACACAAUCGAAUAUACUCGUCAAUCUUGGAUUGGCUAGAGUACCAACUUUACUUUACGUACGAGUAUAUAACUGCGAUAGCUGCGUCGAGUACCCUAUUGUUUGCCGUUGGUAUUCGACUUGGAAUGUGCUUCGAACAUAGGUCGCAUCGCGUCGCGUCUUAACCUACUCGUACGUUAACGUUACAGAUACAGAUAAACAGAUAUGGAAGAUAAAGAGAAUUCGGCAGUGGCAGUACGAGCGGUAACGCUAUUAGAUGGCGGCUUUUCUUCCCAACUAAGUUAUCACGUGAAUACGGACGCCGAGUAUGCGAAUCAUCCGCUAUGGUGCUCUCGGUAUCUCGUUACCGAUCCCGAAGCAGUAAUAAAAACGCACAGAGACUACAUCAAAGCCGGAGCCGAUAUAAUAACUACAAAUACUUAUCAAGCUAGCAUAGAAGGCUUCAACAAGCACUUGCAACUGUCAUCUCACCAGAGUUAUCAUCUUAUCAAAAAAGCCGUUCAACUAGCGAAACAAGCCAUCAUUCAAGAGAAUGCUAACCGAAUCGUCGAAAAAAAAGUUUUGGUGGCAGGGUCUAUAGGGUCGUACGGAGCUUGUUUACACGACGGCUCGGAAUACCACGGAAAAUACGCCAAACACAUUUCCAACGAGUCGCUUAAAAAUUGGCAUCGUCCUCGAAUGUCAGCUUUGGUCGACAGUGGCGUUGAUUUUUUAGCCAUCGAAACGAUACCGGCCUUAUCCGAAGCCGAAGCGAUACUCGAAUUACUGCGAGAAUUUCCACAACAGAAAGCUUGGAUAUCGUUCACUUGCGAGAACGGCUCUACGACAGUCGCUCAAGAUCGCAUCGGAAACGCUGCGAAUAAAUUAUGGUCGAUGGGUAAGCGGCAGCUGGUAGCAAUUGGCGUCAACUGUUUAAAACCAUCUUUCGUAACGCCAUUAAUACGUGACAUACGACAGGCGAAUUUGCCCGAAGAAUCGCCUAUACCGACCAUCGCAUAUCCGAAUAGCGGCGAAAAUUACAACAAAACAGACAAAAAAUGGGUAACGCUGCCAGGGAGUGCGACCAUUCACAGCUACGCCGCAGACUGGCUGAAUAGCGGACUCGCCAUUAUCGGAGGGUGCUGCCGAACCACUGCCAAAGACAUACAGCUAUUAAAACCGCAAGUGCGAGCCUUCAACGAAAGCGCCGCCGUCACCGCCGCCUCCAUGGCCACGGCUCACUGAAACAGUAACACUGUUCGCGACAACAACUAACAAACUAGCGUCGACACGCAAAAAUUCGCAUCUUCCGUCCAAUUUUGUGAUUUGAAUUUAGUUCGAGCCAAUUCAUACAGACACGAGUCACCUCUUACAAGAGGGUAACACCUUCCUCCCUCUCACGCGCAAAUCCAACUUCGCUUUCAGUAUACGCUUAAAAGUAGCCCAUCUCUAGCGAAUUUCUCAACACUAUUGCAACGUUUCAACCGAAAUCACCGAAUAUUAAUUCGUCAAAAAAUAACGAUCAUAUCGUAACGUAGGUACUACGAAGAUGCCACCGUGUACCUACAGUGCAGAUGUGUACAUGGUACAUACUACAUACCUAGGAGAGAAAAAAUAGAUACAAUGUACAUCCCCCCCCAACCCCUCAGCCAUUGCAAUUGUACAUAGUUAAUCGAUAAUCGAUAACAUUUACUAAAUUACAACUAUUUCUAUCUUCGAUGACGCUUAUUUACAUAGAAAGAAUUACGAUUUCGGCGGUAAACGGUCUAACAAGGAAACAAAAUCGUUUUGAUGAUGAUUUAAAAUGUUGUUGGCGAGUGCGGCACUGCCGGCGUUUAAUGUAUGAACCAGCUGUCCUCUGACGACGUCUAAAUUUGGUAACUUGCUGUAUUCUUCCAACUUGUUUCUGUGUAAAAAUUGAUCGUUUACUAUUCCACCUGCGUCAGAAACAGAAACAUCGAGCCAAUAAUUACAUCGCAUCGUCUAACCAGUAUUAUUUUCUAUUCUGGCAUAGUAUACGAGUACGUACGGAAGAAAAUAAAAAUGAAAAAAUUGCGUCACUGUUCACACGGGAACCAUCGUCAAGUACCUACCUACUUACUAGUAUGUAGUACGUAUCUAAUCUACUCGUACGUAGAAUACCUCCUAUUAUUCUAUGUAAGGUAAGGUACCCGCCCGAGCACCUACUCGUAUAACUUUUAUUUCGCGAGAAAUGCGUAAAUGAUAAAUAGAUAACCACUCUUCGCAGGUAACGCGGAUACCGAAAUCCAAUUCGAAUUCGUAAACGGAUUUUAAAUUUAUAGCAAAUGACCGACCGCCAACAGUCUAGUCCACCGAAGAUGAUAGGUAGUUAGGUACGUUCAAUUAGCACGGCACGGUACGGCACAGUUAAAGCAGACGGUGGCCAACUCGAAAAACUCGAAUUAAAAUUAGGUAGGUACUUUCUGUAGUCUGUACGCUUGCCCGCUUGGCCAGCAAAUAAGGCUCGUAUUACUCGUAGCCGUAGGUAUAAGUACAUAUCUAGGCAAUCGAGCACCAACACCUACCGAGCAGAAUGUAAUAAGGCAUCUUUUUCAGCAAUUUGAAGGCUACGUCAAUUUGAACGGCAGCGCUGCACAAAGUUACCGUAUGCGAAUGAAACAGACUCGUGAUUGGAAGAUAUUUGCUAUUCUCUACGGCCAUCUUGACGGUAGUUUUGCUUCGUUGCACCAGCUCCAUGUCGGCUUUUUUAAACGUCUUUA